AUGAGCAUAGGAGAGAAAACCAGUGGUGGUUCAUCGUGGAGCAGGGAUGAUGAUAUUGCUUUUGAGAAUGCUCUAUCAAUGUAUACCGACGAAACUCAGAAUCGUUGGGGAAAGAUUGCUGAAGUUGUUCCUGGAAAAACAUUAGAGCAAGUUAUAGAACGUUACGAGAGUUUACUUCAAGAUGUUAUGCUGAUUGAAUCUGGAUGUGUGCCUCUUCCUGAGUUCGACUCUUUGGAAGGAACACCUACCAAAGAAACAGCCAUCAUCAAUCGCAAAUGUGAGUCUACGCAAGAAUCUAAACCAAAACUAACGCAAAGACGUCGUAAGGGGAUUGCAUGGACACAAGAUGAACACAGCCAGUUUCUUCUUGGUCUAGAAAAAUAUGGGAAAGGUGAUUGGCGUAGCAUUUCUCGUCACCUGGUAGUGACGAGAACACCGACUCAAGUUGCAAGUCAUGCUCAGAAAUACUUCGCACGCCUUAACUCUAAGAACAAAAACAAUGUGAGACAAAGCAUAUAUGACGUCAACGUUGGAGAAAGCGGUAACACAAUGCAAAUACCAAACACAUGGCAAAACACUCAAGCCAUCCAAACCACUUCGCAACAAUCACAAGACUAUUAUCCUACAUAUGACACAUCAGCUAUAUGGAACACACAAUCCACAUCACACGACCAUUAUCCUAAAUAUGACACACCAGCCAUAUGGAACACACAAGUCACUUCACAACAAUCACUAGACCGUCCUAUGUAUGGAACACCCAACAUAUGGAACAUUCGAGCUGCUUCGCAACCAUAUUUUCCUAUCUAUGGCACUCCCACCGUAGGCCAAUCAAUGCUUGGACCAAUGGUCUUACCUUCCGAAAGUGACUUGAACCGCUUGGCUCCAGCUCAAAGGGCUUACGGUGUUCAGCAUCACUCAGCACCGUACUCCUUGAUUCCUAGUGCACCGUUUAACAUGGGUCCAGUUCCGUACAACAUGCCAUAUAUACAUACUUCUCAUUAG